AUGGACACCACCACCCUGCCAACCCCGGCCCGCUGCAUCGCCGACUUUUGUCUGAUCCCCAUCGGGACGGCCUCCGCCUCCGUCUCGGCCCAGAUCGCCGACGUCCAGAGGCUGAUCGAGCAAUCCGGCCUGACAUACUCCAUGCACUCCGCGGGCACCACACUUGAAGGAUCCUGGGACCGAGUGCACCAGGUGAUUGGGCAGGCGCAUACGCUGCUGCACCAGCAGGGCAUUGUGCGGAUUCAGACGGAUAUCCGCGUCGGAUCAAGGACGGAUAAGGAGCAGUCGUUUGAGGAUAAGGUGAACAAGGUGCGGCAGUUGCUGGGCAAGGAUCAAUAG